CCCAGAGAUAACCUUCAACCUUGUCGAAAGCCUUAAGGUUAAUUUUCUGCUAGUGAUUUCAGACAGAAUUUUGUUUUUUUGUUGACGCCCGUAAACGCGUAGACUUUUUUUUAGCUUAAAUUAAUUUAAGACUUACACCAUGUUUGGUUCAAAAGCCGUACAAGCGCUUAGGCAGUUCUCAACUACUGCAGUAAGAAGAGGACACGCGUAUGAAGGUCCAGGGCAUAAUUUGCCAUUUGAUGUAUUCAGCAAGUACAAGUUUACUUUUUACACAGCAGUUUUCUUUAGCUCCGGUUUUGGACUUCCGUUCUUAAUGGUCAGAUACAUUAGGAAGAGGAGUGGAUAAAAUAUUUUCAUCAAUUUUUUUGUUCACUUAGAACACAAUCAUUCCACAAAACAUUCAAUUACUCAGGAUUAGUAUGAAACAAUUUUUUUAAAACCUAGUACAAUGUUUGAUUAAUAUUUUUCUAUUCAAUUCAAUAAAUGAUUUUCAAAAUUAUAUAUAUUGUUUAUUGAUUCAAUUUUGUAUUAAAAUUUAAUAAAAGCAUGAUUAAAAGUCAUGUAGAGUAAAAUCUAAUAUCUUUUUGUUUUUGUCA